CGGGCACCGAUGCAUCGUUUUUGUUUACGUCGAUCGGUACACAUUCGCUUCCCCCGCCGAGAGAGCAUCGGGGAGACUCCAGCGCUCCAGUUUUCCGCCUUUUUCAACCUUUUCUGUGCAUCUAUCCGUCUGAUGACAUCCUCCCAGGAUGCGUGCUACAUAUCCCUGCUGGGACUGGCGGAAUACUUUCGCACUUCGACUCCGCCGGAUAUCAAGAAGUGCAUCCAGUGCCUGCAGGCGUUGUUUACGUUCAAGCCACCGCUGAAGGUGGAAGCCCGAACGCACCUGCAGCUCGGCCAGAUACUGAUGGCGUACACGAAGAACACGGACCUUGCCAAGAACCAUCUCGAGCAGGCGUGGAUCCUUUCGGAAAACAUUAACAACUUUGACGAUGUUAAGUUCGACACGGCCAGUUUGUUGGCGCAGUUGUACCAGCAGCAGGACCAAAGCUCGCUUGCCAAACCGGUCCUGAGGAAAGCGAUCGAAUUGUCCCAGCACAACGUGUACUGGCACUGUAAGCUGCUGUUCCAGCUCGCGCAAACGCAUGCAACAGACAAAGAGUACACGCUGGCCUCGGAGCUGCUGGCGGUGGGUGUGGAAUCGACGGACGAAUCGAACGCGACCUAUCUGAAAUCGUUGUUCUUGCUCAGCCGGGCCAUGAUCAUGAUGAUCGAACGGAAAACGAACGACGUGCUGGCGAUCCUGAACCAGGCCAGCCCCAUCAUCGACCAUUCGAUCCAGAACGUUCACCUGAAGGAGUACUUGAAGGUGUUCUUCUACGUGCUGCAAGUGUGUCACUACCUACAGCUGGGCCAGGUGAAAACGGUAAAGACGAGCCUGAAAAUGCUGCAGCAAAGCAUCCAGACGAUCAUUGCACCGAACUGGCCAUCGGACGAGCAGAUAUUCGGCCAGAACAACACGGAAAUGUUCAUGUGGUUGCCGAAGGAGCAGCUGUACGUGCUCGUGUAUCUCGUCACCGUUUCGCACUCGAUGAUGGCUGGCUACAUGGACAAGGCACAGAAGUACACCGAAAAGGCACUGACGCAAAUCGAGAAACUGAAAUGUAAGUCGCUCCUUGGAGGGGGUUCGUGCAUCGGGUUCGCUAAUGAGGUCGUUUCGUUUGUUUCUUCCACUCUCCCUGCAGCUCAAGAAAACAAACCAAUUCUGGCGGUGUUUCAGAUCAUCCUGCUCGAGCACAUCAUCAUGUGCCGGCUGGUGAUGGGCAACAAAUCGCUCGCGAUCAAGGAGAUCGCCCUGGCCAAGGAUGUGUGCCUGUCGUCGACGAACAAGUUUCUGCUGAAGAAGCAUGCACCGCAGCUGCACUGCUUGCUGGGCCUGUACGCCAUGUCCACCAGUUUGUUCGAGCACGCGGAGAAGCAGUUUUACGCCUGCAUUCAGGAAACGACCGAACGGGAGCUGAAACUGUUCGCCAACCUGAACCUUGCCAUCGUGUACUUGCGCACGAAACGUGAGCAAGAUUUGCGCAACAUCCUCGAGCAGAUACAGCAGGAAAAUUCCCAGUGCUCCAACAGCCAGGCAUUGAUGGGGAGUUUUUACUACGUGCAGGGGUUGAAUGCAUUCCACAAGAGCAGCUUCCAUGAGGCCAAACGCUUUCUGCGCGAAACCCUCAAGAUGGCAAACGCGGAAGACCUGAACCGGUUGACGUCCUGCUCGCUCGUGCUGCUGAGCCACGUGUUCCUAAGCAUUGGCAACUCGAAGGAAAGCAUGAACAUGGUCACGCCGGCAAUGCAGCUGGCGUCCAAAAUACCGGACAUUCACGUGCAGCUGUGGGGCAGUGCCAUACUGAAGGAUCUGCAUCGGAUGCUGAAGGAACCGACGCAGGAGAUCGAAGCGUACAACAAUCACGUCCACUUUUCCCAGAACCUGAUCGCCGACCAGCUAAAGUGUACCAAGUUUCCUGAGCACGCCCUGAUCAACUGGUUCCAGGGCGAUCCACCGCUUCCGAUGCUGUCGCAGGACCUGCUUCUGCAACCGACCGCCGCCACCAUUGUCGCACCGACCGUCGCGGUAGCGUCCGGCUCUGGUGUGCCGCUGGUGGUGCAACAGCAGCAGCAGCAGCAGCAGCAGCAACAACAGCAGGGCGGAACGUUUGUACGAUUACCGGGCACACUUAACCAGCAAGUUAUGUUUCAGUAGGAUGUAACCUGUGUCUGGAGCGAGAAUUGGCGGUUGUGUAUAAAUUACAUUUGAAAGGUUUAGCAACAAAUCUCGUUCACGCGUUGAAGAGAUAUCGAUUGUGUGUUUGUGUGUUCGUGUGCGUGUGUUCGUGUGUGCGUGAGUGACGAUGAUGGUUGUAAGCUGUAAAAUGGAAAGUAAGAUUAAAUAAAGUUUUAACUGAAAUCUUCAAGUUGUCACAGUGA